AUGAAAAGAACAACAAACCAUGAUCAAAAAGCUCCGAAUUGCCAGGACCGAGCGAGUCUGAUUUUAAUAUCUUUCGUUUUUAAUAAUGAUCAUGUUGGCUAUAAUCUUCGGAGAUUAGAAUUAUCAUUAAAAAAGAAAUUUUCAUUUCAACAACUCGGAAAAAAGAAAUGGCUUGAAAAUCGUGAAUUGAAAUAUGAAAAUUUCUUUCCUGUUGAAUAUAUGAAUGACAAGGAAUUCGUAUUGAACCACAUCAAAAAGUAUGGUUAUGGAUUGAAAAAUGCAUCCACACAAUUGCAACAAGAUCGAGAGUUUGUGUUGAAAGUGGUUCAACAAAAGGGAGAUGAAUUACAAUUUGCAAGUCAAAACAUUCUUAAUGACAAAGAAAUGCAAUUGGCAGCGGUAAAACAGUUUCCAGAUGCAUGUGUAUUUUUUUCAUCCUCCGAAUUUAAAAAAGACAAUGAAUUUGCUUUAAAGAUGGUUCAGCAAAAUGGUUUGAUUUUAUUAUAUGUACCCAAUACUCUCGAGAACUAUAGAGAAAUUGUUUUAGCUGCUGUCAAGCAAAAUGGUGAAGCGCUAAACUGGGCACACGGUAAUUUGGCAAUGGACAAGGAAAUUGCAUUGGAAGCAAUCAAACAAAAUAAGAAGGCUCUUCGAUUUGUAGCAGAAGAUUUACUUUUAGACUAUGAAUUCAUGUUGACGGCUCUCAAAUUAAUAUUUCCAGAAUUUUCUCAUUUAACAACUUUUGAUUAUUCAAACAAAGACAUCAUGAUGAAACUUGUUCACGAAAAUGGAAUGUUACUUGAAUUUGCAAGUGAUGAACUCAAGAAUGAUCGAGAUAUUGUUUUGAAUGCUGUUAACAAUAAUGGUAAUGCACUUGAAUUCGCAUCUGAUGGUUUGAAAAAUGACAUAGAAAUUACAUUUCUGGCCGUUAAAAACGCUUACUUUGCAUUAUAUAAUGUUUGUUCUGAAUUUAAGAGCGACAAACAAGUUGUGUUAAGUGCUGUUCAUCGACAUGGAUCUUCUCUAAAAUUUGCAUCCGAUGAUUUGAAGAAUGACAAAGAGGUUGUGAUGGCAGCUGUCAGACAAAACGGUUAUGCACUUUCUUAUGCGUCAGAUGAUAUGAAAAACGACAUAGAAGUUGUAUUGCAAGCUGUAAUGCAAAAUAUUCAUUCAAUUGACCAUGCGAAUGAAAGGAUGAACCACGACAAGGAAAUUAUUUUAGAAGCGAUCAAACAUGGUGCUUCUGUGAAAUGUGCAUCUCAAACUCUUUUGAAUGACAAACAAUUCUUGUUAGAUGCUGUGGUGUUGGCAGUUCUUGCCGAAUUUUUCACAUCAACCACCACUCUUCAUAAUAAUAAUAUUCAUUCGCAUCUCAUGGAUCAUCCCGAAGACCAUGAGAAGAAACAUUCCUCACAAUCAUCAACAAACUUUUCCGAUCGGAAUCCAAUCGAUCAUCAUCACCGCCAUCACAACAUUCUCAUUCUCGGAGGACGUGCUCCGGUGGCUCUCGAUUAUUUGAGAAUGUUCUCCGAAGAAGGUCAUCAAGUGCAUUUAACAGAAACUCCCUAUUAUCGACCCAUGUUUAUUUCAAAUUUCUCAACUCAUGCCAAACAUGUUCACUAUUUUUCUUUUUUUCCAAAUAAGGAUUAUUUCAAAUUUGAGGAUGAAUUGGUGGAAAUGAUUAAAAAGUAUUCCAUCACUGUUCUCAUUCCUACAUGUGAGGAGGUUUUUCAUGUGGGAAGAGCCAAGAAUCGAAUUGAAAAAGAAACUGAGUGUUUUGUGUUUUGUGAGAGUAUUGAAAAUUUGAAAGAACUUCACAACAAGUUUGAAUUUAUUGAAUAUAUUGAGAGAGAAGUGAAUGAAAAAUUUAAUAAUAACCAUGGUGAUAAUACUAAUAAUACUACUCUUUCUCAGGGUGAAAAUUUGGAAAAUAACAACAAUUUUGAAAAGAAAAAACGGGAUCGAUUGGAUGAAACAUUCCGUGCGACUCAUGAAAAACCAACGCAACAACGUCAACAAAUAAGGAACAUUCAAUUCAAAGCUCCAAAAACACUUCUCUUAUGUCAAAAAAGCACACAAGAGGAAUUGAAUCGAUUUUGGAAUGAAUGUUCUGGAAAGAUUGUGCUGAAACCAUGUUAUUCUCGAUUUGCAUCGGAUACAAUGGUCAAACCUUCGAAAGAACAAGCAUUACAUUUAUUACAUUCCCAAAUUAAGGAAUGCCAGUCUUCAUGGUGGGUCGCACAAGAAUUCAUUGAAGGACAAAUCCUAUGUUCGUUUGGAGUUGCUACAGAUGGAAUUUUGCGAGCUCAUACAUGUUAUUUGGGAGGAAUUUAUACUCCAAAUGGAACUGAUGUGGGUAGCUCUGUAUAUUUUGAACCAUUGGAACAUGAGGAAGUUGACAAAGCGAUACAAGAAUGGAUUUCUCAAUUGGUUUGGCAUCGAAAAUAUACUGGCCAAAUUUCUUUUGAUUUAAUUGUGACGAAUUCUUCUCAUGGUGGACAUUCUCUGAGUCGGGAAUUCUUAAGACGAAACGACUUGAGUUCGAAUUGUUUCAGUAGUAGUGGAACUAUAACCAUUUAUCCCAUUGAAUGCAAUCCAAGAGCUACGAAAAUUACAUUUCUGGCCGUUAAAAACGCUUACUUUGCAUUAUAUAAUGUUUGUUCUGAAUUUAAGAGCGACAAACAAGUUGUGUUAAGUGCUGUUCAUCGACAUGGAUCUUCUCUAAAAUUUGCAUCCGAUGAUUUGAAGAAUGACAAAGAGGUUGUGAUGGCAGCUGUCAGACAAAACGGUUAUGCACUUUCUUAUGCGUCAGAUGAUAUGAAAAACGACAUAGAAGUUGUAUUGCAAGCUGUAAUGCAAAAUAUUCAUUCAAUUGACCAUGCGAAUGAAAGGAUGAACCACGACAAGGAAAUUAUUUUAGAAGCGAUCAAACAUGGUGCUUCUGUGAAAUGUGCAUCUCAAACUCUUUUGAAUGACAAACAAUUCUUGUUAGAUGCUGUGGUGUUGGCAGUUCUUGCCGAAUUUUUCACAUCAACCACCACUCUUCAUAAUAAUAAUAUUCAUUCGCAUCUCAUGGAUCAUCCCGAAGACCAUGAGAAGAAACAUUCCUCACAAUCAUCAACAAACUUUUCCGAUCGGAAUCCAAUCGAUCAUCAUCACCGCCAUCACAACAUUCUCAUUCUCGGAGGACGUGCUCCGGUGGCUCUCGAUUAUUUGAGAAUGUUCUCCGAAGAAGGUCAUCAAGUGCAUUUAACAGAAACUCCCUAUUAUCGACCCAUGUUUAUUUCAAAUUUCUCAACUCAUGCCAAACAUGUUCACUAUUUUUCUUUUUUUCCAAAUAAGGAUUAUUUCAAAUUUGAGGAUGAAUUGGUGGAAAUGAUUAAAAAGUAUUCCAUCACUGUUCUCAUUCCUACAUGUGAGGAGGUUUUUCAUGUGGGAAGAGCCAAGAAUCGAAUUGAAAAAGAAACUGAGUGUUUUGUGUUUUGUGAGAGUAUUGAAAAUUUGAAAGAACUUCACAACAAGUUUGAAUUUAUUGAAUAUAUUGAGAGAGAAGUGAAUGAAAAAUUUAAUAAUAACCAUGGUGAUAAUACUAAUAAUACUACUCUUUCUCAGGGUGAAAAUUUGGAAAAUAACAACAAUUUUGAAAAGAAAAAACGGGAUCGAUUGGAUGAAACAUUCCGUGCGACUCAUGAAAAACCAACGCAACAACGUCAACAAAUAAGGAACAUUCAAUUCAAAGCUCCAAAAACACUUCUCUUAUGUCAAAAAAGCACACAAGAGGAAUUGAAUCGAUUUUGGAAUGAAUGUUCUGGAAAGAUUGUGCUGAAACCAUGUUAUUCUCGAUUUGCAUCGGAUACAAUGGUCAAACCUUCGAAAGAACAAGCAUUACAUUUAUUACAUUCCCAAAUUAAGGAAUGCCAGUCUUCAUGGUGGGUCGCACAAGAAUUCAUUGAAGGACAAAUCCUAUGUUCGUUUGGAGUUGCUACAGAUGGAAUUUUGCGAGCUCAUACAUGUUAUUUGGGAGGAAUUUAUACUCCAAAUGGAACUGAUGUGGGUAGCUCUGUAUAUUUUGAACCAUUGGAACAUGAGGAAGUUGACAAAGCGAUACAAGAAUGGAUUUCUCAAUUGGUUUGGCAUCGAAAAUAUACUGGCCAAAUUUCUUUUGAUUUAAUUGUGACGAAUUCUUCUCAUGGUGGACAUUCUCUGAGUCGGGAAUUCUUAAGACGAAACGACUUGAGUUCGAAUUGUUUCAGUAGUAGUGGAACUAUAACCAUUUAUCCCAUUGAAUGCAAUCCAAGAGCUACGAGUGGAGCUCAUUUGUUUCAUUGUGACGUGUCUCAUGUGGCUGGACAAGAACUGAGAAGAAAUUUCACGCAAUGUUUUCUUCCAUCGUCGACAACGAUCAUCACAAAGACGAACAGUCAUCACACGAACGAUUGUGAAGAAGAAACAAUGAAUAAGGAUUUAGCUCUUGUUUCAUACAUUCCACAACAACAAGAUUAUCUUUUUUCAAGAAGAAUUCUUAAACCUCUGCCGGGAAGUAGACUUCAAAUUAUUGGAGGAAUGUUAAUGCCAUUAUGGACUGGAUGUAAGGAUGUGAGAUCUUGUUUUGUUUGGUUACGUGAUGUAUUGUGUUCGUGUGGUAUUCACAGAGAUGUUUUGUUUAGGGCGAACGAUGGAUUUCCAUUUUUGGUACAAUUCUAUUUCAUACUCGAUCCAAUGAUUAAGAAAUAUCGAUAUGGUGUGGGUUUGUUGAAUUCCAUGACCUAUGAUAUUGAAUGGAAUGGAGAGGAAUAUUGA